AUGGAUUCUGGGGUGUUUCUGGAUCAGCCUAUCAAACAGCAGGUCUCUGAAUUUCCAACAGGGAUAUCAAACCCAGGCUGGUCUGAAAACUGGGUAAUAUUUGUCUGUGAGUUCCACCAGGGGCCUGGUCCUCCUCAGGCUCCCAGUGAUGAUGGUUCUGAUGGAAACGGUUCUGAAGGCGACUCUGUUACUGUCCUACUGCCUACCCAGUGUUGCGUCUCCCAGCUGCGUCUGAGCAUCUACUCGCAGGCACAACAACAAACCUUUCAUCCAGACCCGCUGGCAACACUGGACCCUGAGAAGUACAUUUUGUUGUAUGCGAAGGGCCAGGAAUGGUAUGAAAUCUAUGAUGACUGCCAGAUCAUCAGCACCCUAGAUAUUCCAUGGUUGCUUGAUGUCACUGGACAUCUGAUAGCGAAGAUUGUGAUUACCCCACAGAUGUCCCUUGACUCAGAAGAGAAGAGCAAACAGCAGCAGAGUCUGGCCUACCUGAUUGGUUAUGACCUGGAUGGAGAAGCACCAGACAGGCUCAAAGAGGUCACGUUCACACGCAGAAAACUGACGUCCUCACGGAGACAAGAGCUGAGGAAUCGGGAUACCAAGCUUUACACCACAGAGCCUUGGACAACAUCGGUUCCCCUGCCAAAUGACAUGCAGACCCACCUGCAACAAACCCUUUUGGUCAACCUCCAUCACCUCAACCAGAUCAGUUUCACUGUAAAGGUGGAGCUCACUGCAACACCACACCUUCUUCUAAAAGUUUUCCAAAGGGUGAUGGCUGAGGAGGGCGUUGAUUGUGACCCCACUGAUAGUUUGGUUUUGAGAAUCACAGGAAGGGAGGAGUUUUUAUCUGGGGAUUUCCCUCUUAGGGAUUUCCUCUGGGUUCGACAGUGUCUGAAAACCAACCAGGGCCUUCACCUGUCAGUAAUCCCUAUGGCACAGCUCACUGAAGACACUGUCCAGGUUGUGGACUGGCCACUUGUGGACAGAUUCACAGGCCUGUCCAUUUCACAUGAAGAUCUCUGCCUCGAAGGGAAGGAUUUGGAUGAUAUCUUCAUGAUGUCUUUGUGGGACUGCAACGGGAGGUUCAGAGUCAAACUCCUUGGUUUUGACAUCCCGAAACUUCCUAACAAAUGCCCACAGUCUGUCUACGUGGAAGCUUCUAUACUUUAUGGCAACAAGGCUCUCACCUCGGUCUCCUCCAUCCCCAAAGCCUUCAGAGAUGAAGUACUAUGGAACGAGUGGCUAGAGUUUGAUGUGUUGCUUAGGGAUCUGCCCCGCGGGGUCAAGCUGGGCCUCACCAUAAAUGUGAGUGAUAACGACAGUGUCUCUGCUACAAAGGACGUUAAGUCCCCAUCUACUGUGGUCAAUAAAGCUCAAGACUUCCAGCAGAAAGGACAGGGAAGGGUGCUCUACUUUGUCAACCUUCUCCUCAUAGACCACAGGUCCCUCCUUACACAGGGCCCUCACACCCUCCACAUGUGGUCCUAUCCGAGUCAAGAGGAGGAGGGCUUUACCUAUCUGGCUGACAAGCUGUCCUCUGCGACCAACCCUGACAUCGCUGAUUCAAUGGCCAUCAGCAUUUUUCUAGACCGCUUCAAGUUCCCUGUGGGUUUCCCGAACAGCACAACUCCUUCCAGAGCCUGCCUGUCCACACCUGUUUCAGGACAGGUUACAGCUUCACCCCGCUGUCCUUCUCGCUUAAUGUCACCUUCCCUCCAAACAGACCCUCCGACCCGCAGAUCCCGUUCUCCGGUGAUGAACACUGACCGGGCUCGACUCAGGAGGUUCCGGGAAGAAAGCGUCCGCUACACUUCCAACUUACCCUACUUCCUGUGCAACAUUGAUUGGCUGAAACACGAUGUGGUGGAGGAUGUCCAUUGGCUGCUGAGCCAGUGGGAACCCAGUGAACUGGAACUCUCAGUGGCACUGGAACUGCUGAGUGGGGGAUUUGCUGAUGAGAUGGUGAGGAGAUUAGCAGUCCAGAGAUUGGAGAGCCUUAACAAUGAUGAAGUACUGAAGUAUCUCCUGCAGCUGGUACAGACCCUGAAAGUGGAGCCAUAUCACGACAGUUUCCUGGCACGAUACCUUAUCCGAAGAGCUCUGAAAAGCAAGAGGAUUGGCCACUUCUUCUUCUGGUACGUACGCAGUGAAGUAGCAGGGUGUCCGUAUGUCCGCCAGCGUAUGGCUGUGGUUCUGGAGGCCUACCUGCUGGGGUGUGGUCAGGCCAUGCUGGACAGCUUCAGCCAGCAGGUCCAGGCCGUGGAGGCUUUACAGGAGGUCGCCUGCCGGGUUAAGGCACUCUACCCUGAUAAGACCGACCUCCCUCCCACAGCUGCCAUAACCCUCCGUGAGCUUCUGGAAAACUGUAGCCUGCCAUCUGAAUUCCUGGUCCCGUUUGAUCCUCGAGUCAAAGCUGGAAAGAUCCUGCUGGAUAGAUGCAAGGUGAUGGCCUCCAAGAAGAAGCCCCUGUGGCUGGAGUUCUGCCCCAUGCCCUCCCCCACCCCUGUUUCACCAGUGGGCAUCAUCUUUAAACAGGGGGAUGACCUCCGAAAGGACAUGCUGAUCAUUCAGACACUGAGGGUGAUGGACUUCAUCUGGCAAGAGAAAUCGCUGGACCUCAACUUGGUGCCUUACGGCUGCAUCGCUACAGGACACAAUAUAGGUAUGAUAGAGAUUGUUAGGGAGGCAGUCACCAUUGCUGCAGUACAUAGGAGCCAGGGGGGGACCACUGGAGCCUUCAGGAACGAUGCUCUGUUUGACUGGCUCGAGACCAAAUGUCCACUCCAGGAAAUUCACUACCAGGCUGUGGAGAGGUUUGUGAAGUCCUGCGCCGGGUACUGCGUGGCCACCUAUGUGCUGGGGAUUGGAGACCGCCACAACGACAACAUCAUGAUCACAGACCAUGGGAACCUGUUUCAUAUAGACUUUGGACACAUCCUGGGCAGCAGGAAACAUUUUCUGGGCGUGAGCAGGGAGCGUGUACCAUUUGUCCUGACACCUGACUUUUUGUACGUGAUGGGCAGGGUCAAAGGUCGGACCAGCCUCUACUUUCAGCGGUUCAGGGACACCUGCACUGACGCCUACCUCUCCCUUCGUUGCCAUUCUCGUCUGCUGGUCACUCUUUUCUCCCUCAUGCUGCUGACCGGCAUCCCCGGGCUGAGUGCUGCAGAGGACAUGCGGUACCUGCGGGAGGCGCUACAGGAGGAGCGGAGCGAAGCCGACGCCAGAGAACACUUCCUCCAGCAGAUCGCCGUCUGUGAGCAGCUGGGCUGGACUGUACAGGCUAACUGGUGGAUCCACAUGGUGGCAGGCAUUAAGUAG